CUCUUUUUUAUUUUUUUUUAACAAGUAAAAGAGAAUUGGCAGACUUGACUUGCUCCUUGCAGUGCUUCUAUGGCACUCCACCUUCCUUUGCCUUGCACGCCCGCGCCCGCGCCAGCGCCCGCGCCCACGCCCACUUCCACGUCCACGUCCAGACACACUUUCCCAGUGAUAACAACCAUCAAUCCACUCUCUCACUUCUCCACAUUUUCUCGCACUGAUGUGUUCCAGAUUCUUAGCUCGGACAAGAAGAAGAGUCUAGGGAUUAUCCGUUGCAGUCACGCCGCAGUUUCAGGAACACUUGAUCGUGAGCUACGCUCGGUGCUUGAACUCGCCACUGACUCUGAGUUGUACGAGCUUGAGAGAAUCCUAUUUGGUCCCAGUUACUUCAGUCCUUUGCUCAAAUCCAUUACGGGUAAUGGAGUGGAUGUCGAGUAUUCCACAUUUGAAGAUGACAUGGCAGAGCGGGAAGCCUUUAUUGCAGCUCUUGAGUCUCGAUUCUUAUACCUUGCUGCAGAUGCAAGGUCGACAUUAAGAGGUUGGAGGCCUUCAUAUAGAAAUGUCUUGCUUGCUGUUAGAAAAAAGUUAAACAUUCCUUGCUCAAGAAAAUUGCCAACUGAAGACUUAGAAGCCGAAAUAUUUCUUCACCUUCUUCAAGAUCAUCCAAGUGAAGAAUCAGGAACUGUUCCAGGCUUGUGGGAAUUUUCUGAGGUUCCUAGUGAUCAAGGUAGUCUAGAAAUUGGACUUAGGCAGUGGAACGGACAAGCCAUUGCUGCUAUAAAACUUGGGCUAGCAGAGCUCCAGUCGGUAAUUUUAAAGGGUGGGGGUGUGUUUACAUUGUCAAGAUUUUAUCAAUUGUUAGCUAGAAAAUUAUCAGGGAAGGUGUUUCUGGAAGCUGCCAACUAUCAAAUUAAAAAGGAAGUUAUCAAGAAGGGUGGACAAUUAGCUGCCAUUAACUUGGAAUCUAGAGCAGCCUUACUUGCAGCAAAGCAGUAUUUACAGGGUUUAGCUGGUGCUGCAUCAAGAUAUCUGGGUUUCAGGAGCAUGUUAGCAUUACUCGGCCCAAUGCUGUGGGGAACUUUUCUGGCAGAUGUUGUAAUUCAAAUGCUUGGAACUGAUUAUGCUAGAAUCUUGCGAGCAAUUUAUGCAUUUGCAAAGAUUCGCAUCACCCGUACGUAUAGGCUAUCUGACAUUGAUUGAAGUCAAAGACUGCAUCAGUGUUUUGCAAGCUACAUUGAAGCUCCAAUUGGUUCGUUUCUCCACCAGACCAGAUGUAGAUUAAAAUUAGGUGACAAUCCCACUUCUAAUUGCAAGAGACAAGAAAGCAAAAAAUGCAAGCUAACUCGGUUUUCCUAUUAGCUUGAGAGUGAUGCAAAAAGAAUGUUGGCUCUUGCAUUGUAUAUCAACCAAUUUUUCUUUUUCCUUUUUUUCUUUUUCUCUCAUCAAUCUUUAAAUCAUGCUGCACCUAGGCUUGGUUUUUGUAGUGCUGUAUAUUUUGAUAUUUUGUUGCCUAUGUCUCUGGUUAAUGAGCUACUUUUUGUUUUUGUUUUUUCAGAGAACUCUUCAAAUUGUGUCACGUUUUUUGUACAGAAACUGUUUGUCAAAUUUAUAAGUGAAAUCAUAUAGAUCUCUUGAUAAUAAA